GUUUUAUCUACGUCGUCUGGGCCGGAAGCUUUUUUCCCUCAUCCUUUCGUUCAUCCAAUCCAUCAUCGCAGCUCGACAAUAGCUGCCCCAGUAGGCGCUUCUCGUCCAAUCAGAGGGCUCAGGUCGAGACCUGCACAGCCCCCUGCGUUCAGCCCAAGGUUUAGUCGCAGCGGGUAAACCCAGCUCCCGGAACGUGCAGAUCCAACAUGGACCAAGUGACAGAUCCUCGGCGAUCCCUGGCCGCCUGCACCGGGACAAUGUCGCCCUCAACCCUCGACCUCUUCAUCUUCACCUUCAAUUGCGCCAAGAACCUCAUCAACGUCGCAGUCUUCGCAUCCCAUCUCCAGGCCGCACUGUCCCAAAAUGCUACUGGCCUACCAGAUUUGGUGGUCUUCUCGCUCCAGGAGGUAGCCCCGCUCUCCUACUCCUUCAUCGGCUCCUAUUUCCUCGGGCCGUACUACUCGCGAUACGAGGAGGCGCUAAACCUCGCUGCCACUGAGAUCCUCGCCGGGUCGGGCGCACAGGGCGGCGGCGGCGACGAUGAGGGCUUGUCAACACCACAGACGGCGGCUGGCGGCUGGGGGAGGGGGCCGGCGCCUACCCCUGCCCCGUAUACACUAGUCAGAACGAAGAACGUGGGCAUGACGGCUAUAAUGCUGUUCGCGAGGACGCCGGCGGCCGUGCACCACAUCGAGGAGGCCGAGUGCGGUUUCGGGACUGCGGAUAUGGGGAACAAGGGCGCCGUCGGGCUCAGGGUUACGUGGAGCGACGGGAAGUCGGCGGGCGGCGACGACGACGGCGGCGAUGAGUUUGCGACCACGGAACUCACCUUUGUGGCCACGCACCUGGCGGCCAUGGAGUGGAACCUGAAGAAGCGGAACGCCAACUGGCGCACCAUCGUCUCGGGCCUGACCUUUGAGAACCCAAAGACGGCCAUCCCGGGCGUGUUCCCCGCCAACGCCACACUCCCCGACGCCGACCGCCCCGACUCGGCGGCCGAAGAGGCGGGUGCCGAGGAAGAGGAUGGCGACAACGACGACGACGACGCCCGGCCGCUUCUAAGCCGCGGCAGCAGCAGCGAGAGUGGCGGCGGCGGCGCGCCGUUCCACCCGGAGCACCCGGACCUGACGGCGGAACACCACGUGACGCUGCACGAGAUGUCGGUGUUCAAGCCGACGUCGCACCUGUUCGUGGCGGGGGACCUGAACUACCGCAUCGGCGCGAAGACGCCGCCGGCGCUGAGCGCGUUCCCGUCCUUCGAGCCGGACAGCCCGGACCACUGGUCCACCUUCCUGGGGCGCGACCAGCUCACGCGCGAGAGGGUGGCGGGGAGGACGCUCCACGGCCUCGCCGAGGCGGACAUCUCGUUCGGGCCGAGCUACAAGUACGACGUGCUGGGCGACGCGGAUGGCGCGGUCAACGAGGUGGCCGCGAGGACGCGGGGCGAGGUCCCUUGGAAGUGGGCGCCGCAUCGCUGGCCUAGCUGGUGCGAUCGCGUCUUGUACCUGGACGUGCCGCCGUGGGCGAGGCGGCGGCGGGAGCAGGAGCAGGCAGGCAAGGGAGGAGGAGGUGGAGGAGUCGUAGUCCAGGCGUACGACCUCAUGCCCGUCGUCGCCACCAGCGACCACCGGCCCGUGUUCCUGCGCGUGCAGGUCCCCGUCCUGGGCCCGGCGGACAUGGCGCCGCCGAGGGUCGUCGUCGCCGGCGCAGGGGAGGAGGAAGAGGAGGGGGCAGACGGGGAGACGCUGCUGUUCGAAGAGGACCUCGCGGACCCGCGGGCCGUGCUCCCCGUCCCCAUCGACGUGCACGCGUGGGAGCGGCGCGCGGCGGCGCGCAGGCGCGAGAUCGUCGUCGGGUGGUCCAUGUUCCUCUGGAGUACCCGCGAGGGCGCUGUGCUCAUGGCCACCGCGGUGGCGGUCGGCGUGGGCGGCUGGUGGGCUUGGCGG